UCAAAACUUAUUGCAAACCUCUUUCUCAAUUACAAAUGAAUCAUUUCAAAAUCCUGAUUCUGCUGAACUAGAAGUAGAUGAUACAAGUCAAAACUUAUUGCAAAUCAUAAAUAGUAACAUUUCGACAUCAUCUAAUGUUACUCUCAAUGAAGCUAAAACUUGUUUUCCAAGUGAAAAUAUUGAAAAGCAGUAUUUUUCAUCCCAUCAGGAUGAUCACCAGGAGGAUGACAAUCAAGAUGAUGUCUUUUCUUAUUAUUCCGGCUUGCAACAUUUUGAAAAAUCGAGUGACCAAGACAACUUUCAGGGAAGCGAUGAUGUUUUUUCGGAUUGCUCAGGUCAAGAAAAUUAUGAUGAGUCAGACGAUCUCUCUGAAGAAGAUUUCGUAGGCGAAAAUAAUGUUACUGACUUUAUAUUUGAGAAACCAAUGAGUCAACUUUCAGGAAUAUUUGAAAAUACAUUUAGCCCAUAUUUUACGAAUUUCACUGAAAUGUCCUUUUUCACUUGGGUGACCAAGCAUUCUAUCUCAACUGCGGCUUAUCAGGAACUUGUAACUAUUAUUUUGCAUAGCCAAUUCAACUCUCUUGAGAUGCCACGAAAUAUACGCACCUUGAAGCAAUAUCGGCUAAGAUUGCCAACUCUUCCAAUUCGCCAGCAUAAAGUUCGAAUUAAUAUUCACAAAUCACCUUCCACGUCGUUAUCAUCCAAAAUUGCAUAUACUCUUUCUAUCAUUGACUAUAUAAAGCAAGUUUUAAAAAAUCCUAAACUUUUCUCGAAAAUGUACUUUGGCCCCGGCAUCGAAGGGGAAGAUAGAAUGGAAUUUUGGCAUAGAAGAAUUUGGUCUGAAUCACCUUUACUUAGUGACGAUACAUUAAAAGCGACGUUUCCAGGUCAAGCCACAGUGAUAUAUCGAACUGGUAGUUUUAUAUCUUACGUAGAUCAACAAAAUCAUUUGCAAGUCAGUUUUCUGAGAGCAUUCGUUCAAGUAAAUGAUACUUUACGAGUAAAAGUACAACAACUUUUGAAAUAUUCCAUGAUACCAGCACAUUUGCGCUCUGCUGAAAGAUGCUUAAAAUCAAAAUGUGGAUGUUUAUGGUUAGUUGAUGAACGAUUUGUGACAAUGUCAACUACACGAAUUCGAAGCCAUGUUAAAAUUUGGUUUAUGGACCAACCUGAACCUAAAAAGUAUGAAUACUUCGUGGAUGAAAUCAUAUAUCAGCAUAACCGAUCAUGGAUGAUUCAUCCAAUACACUAUCGACAUAGACAUCCAAAUGAAACUAUGAGUUUACCUCCAAUACCAUCCAACCUUCGAUGUUUACGAAUCUUUAUAGAUUUAUAUCAUGAUGAUUUCGGAACCUUUCGAAAUGUUUACCAUUCACUCGGUGGUGUCUAUGUCCAAUUUGGAAACAUGCCUUUUCAUCUACGAAAGUUGUUGAAGAACUAUUUUCCUAUAGGAUUUGUGCCAUUUGGUGCUAGCUUUUCUGAUUUUAUAGAACCAUUCAUUGCAGAUAUGCAAACUUUGCAAAAUGGUAUUCGUAUGACUUUAUAUAAUGGAGAAGAGGUUUAUAUAAGGGGCGGUUUGGGUGUGGUUACUGCCGAUUUACCCCAGGGGAAUGACCUUAGUGAAGUUAAACGACAUAGUUCCAACCGUGGGUAUAGAAGCUGCGAAGCAGAAACGCAAGAAUUGACCAACUAUAACUAUGAUAUUAUACGCCAUGCUCGUUAUCAUCACAUUACAAAUAUGCAAUUUUCUGAAAUAGAGUCUCAAAAAAGUUUAAUAAAUAAAAUAAAAGUUGCUAAGAAGUAUGGACUAUGCUUAGAAAGGAAUAUUUUGGACCGACUAUACUAUGAUAGACAUCAACAAUGUCCUCAAGAUAUCUAUCAUGCAAUGGCUAGAAAGAUAAAACGAUUAACUGAGUGCACACUAGUGCUUUUUAAUGAUAAAGGAAAUGAUGCUUUUUUAAAGAUAUGGAAAUCAAUUAAAUUGCCAAAAUUUUGGUCCAAAUUACCAAAUCCUAUUACUCACCAGAGAAGUUUUAUGAUGUCGGAUUUAUUUCAUCUUGCAAUGCUGAUGCCUUUUAUUUUGAGUCGCUUCUUAACAAUUCAACAUAUAAAAGAAAAUAUGCUUACCGAUCUUUUAAACACAACGGAGUGCUCAUGCCAAGAUCAAUCAUUUGUUAUUACGUUUUCAAAAGAUGACUAUUUUGAAAAUUUGUCCAAAGCAUUAAAAAAAGAAUAUAAUUACUUGAUAAAGGUGUUUCCGGAAGAAUUCCUUUAUCUUCCAAAUCUUCACGUCAAUACACAUCUAGUUGCGAAUGCGAAAAAUUACAGAACUUUAGUUAAUACUGCUUGUAGUGUUAAAAGAUACAAUACACUUCAAGCAUUACGUUUUUGGCUUGAUGGAGGACAAGAUGAAUGUGUCCCAGAUUCGGGUUGUUAUACAAAUCGUUCUUUAUUAGAACCAUUGCUUUCAGAAUGGUUUAUUACAAAAUCACCUGACCUAAUUAUCGAAUCAGAAUCUGAAGAUAAUGAAACAAAUGAAGACAAUGAUAAUUCUUUAACAGAACAUGAAAAAACCGGUUUUCAUGUUAAAGUUAAAGUUGGCGAUAUAGUCGAAUUAAAGGAGAUCAGCGAUCUUGACAAUAAUUCAUUUGCACUAGUCAAAGCUAUUAUCACGCACCAUGCAAAUAAUGGCCAGGUCUAUGCAUUUUUUAUUUUUGAUUGGUUUGAGGAUCUAAAAAAAACUCAUCCAAUAUUAGAAUGUGAACAAUUUCGACUUCAACACACAAACAAUCAUCAAUGGCGACGUAUUUUUACUAUUUCGAUGGUCGAGCAUCAGCAACGAUAUCAUUUUUUGCAUGACUGCAAACAGACUUGUGACAGUGCCCAACAUGAUCAGAAUAAUCGAAAUUAUCUGCAUAAUGAUUUUUAUUUUAAAACAAUUUAA